AUGGAACUUUCUAGUCCACCGAAACCUACUCGGAUAGUAGACCAUUUAAUGCAAAAUUCAAAGGAAGGGCAAACAAGCGGACAUGAAGAUUUUCCCACUGAAGACGCCAUAAAUGCAAGUCGUACAGAGGCAGCCACCCUUCCAGAUUUGGCAGGAGAAGUAGCUGUCGCUCAGAGGCAACAGAUUAACGAGCUUAGUCAGAGACAGGAAGUUCGUGAUCGGCUGAAGGUAAUUGAAACGACGCGUAAGGUUUAUUCGAGUGAAGCUUUAUUGAUUAUGAAAUUCAUUCAAUGUAGUUUACUACCCUUUUGAGCAUUCACGGUGUAACUUUAUUGUAUUUUUGUUUGCUUCAUUCAUAUUUGGCACAAUCAGGAUAAUUGCUACCAAGGUAAAAAUUUCUGCGUUACUUUCAGAUUUGAAUCAGAAAUUGUUUUACUGACAAUCAAGCACUGUUCUCGAAGGUAUCUUGAACUAGUCGCUAAUAAUCUUAACUCUACUAGUUCAAUUAAAGAUUAACUCUGUGAAGUCAGACCUUGCAGCUGUUUCGAGAAAAAUCUAUUCAAUGGACGAAGAGGUUUCCAAAAAGAAGGCAUGGUGUGAAGAACUUGACAAAGGUAUUUUGUGUUUUAAACUUGACUUUGCGUCGCUGCAGGGGUUUAUUUGGGGUUCCAUGACAACACUUUGGGUCUUCUCGCACUGUUUAAAUCUAGGUAAACAUUCAGUGCUAAAAAACUGGGUUUCUUUUCAAUAAAAACAAAUAAUAAUAAGAGUACGAAUAAUGAUGAUAACAAUAAUAAUAUAAAAUUAUAUGAUGAUAGUAGCAAGAACAACAUCAACAAUAAUACUGUGAGAAAUGAAUAAUGAUGGUAAUGAACGGUAAAGGCAAUUAUAUGGUCGCGAGUGCAAUAUGGAAUAGAUAAGCAGCAACAGAACAUAGUUAUUUUCUUCAUAAGUAGGUAUAAUUUGUUCAAAGACCACCAAAAUCACACCUGUUAUUCAUGAUCUAACCCUACUAGUUUCUUUGUGCGUUUGGUCAAAAUAACAAUUUUUACCUUUUUUUAAUUUUUUUUAGCUGUAAAAAAAAUUUAGAACACGUCUAAAAAGUUGUUACCUCCUGAACCUUCUACAAUGGUGUGCUUAUACCUAUCUAUCGUGCUGUCGUGCUUGCUUCUUAGAUAUUGCAGCCCUUGUUGCAUCCGAGAGGAAACUAACAAAGGAGCUUGCUAUCGCAAAUGAUAAACUGGAGAGGGACAGAGAGUAAGCAAUGAAUCAAAAUAACUUAACCACUUUCCGGCACGUGAAAGAGUUUUUGAGAAAAUAGUUUCAUGUCAAAAUAUGGAAUCUCCUGAUCUGGAGUUCGUUAGAGAACAUUUCGAUUGAUUCUCGUAAUACCAAAACUAAAGUAAUCACAACAGCCAAACACACAGAUAAAAAGAAAAUAUCACAAGGAGCCAAAGAAAAUGCGAUUGAUCGAGUCACUAUUGGGUUUAUUAUGAUAAUUGUACUGAUUCAUAGGUAAUCACAUGAUUUCGGGUGCAAUAUUUUUACAUCUUUAAGACGCAACAAAGUUCAAAAUCCGGCUAAACAGUUUAAGAAAUUGUUCAGUCUGGUUUGUUACUACUUUGCACUGAAUUAACUCUAUUCUGCAUCGAAAUCACCUGAAAAAACUGCAUUCAUCUUAAUCAAUCAGAACUGAGUCAUCUUUCGUGCCCUUUCAAGUUAGGUCUGAAAUCAUACGAGAGAUUUCUAAAUCGAACGAGCGCGCAGCGCGAGUUUAAUUUGAGUUAAAACUUCCUUUGUCGUAGAUUGUACAAACGAUAUAGGGCAAAAAUGGCGGGAUAUACCCAUCAAGUGGCAGAAUACAAGAGAAAUCUCCCCGUCCACAAGAGCAUAACACAACAAAAAGCCAAAAAUACCGAACUCAGCGAAGAGUGUAAGAUAAAUAGUUUUUUAAUUUUUGAAAAUGUAUAAUUCAAAUAUGUUUCCUUGAACGAGUAAAGAAUGACAUCUGGUUAAAUUCCAGUAUAAUAGAAACACAUACAAGAUCUUUGCUGGGCGAAAAAUGGGUAAACCAUUGACGGUAGUAUGCUUAUCAAAACCUUGCUAUAAUAUUGCAAGCAAAGUUCCCCCCCCCAUGAAUGCGUUCAUUCAUGAUGUAAAAAGAUCUUUGAAUUUUGCUGGGCGAAAAAUUGGGUAGAUCAUUGACAGUGGUAUGCUUAUCAAUACCUUGCUAUAAUAAUGUAAACAAAGUUCCCCCCAUGAAUGCAUUCAUUCAUGAUGAAAUAAGACGUAAAACUAAUAAUUGAGAAACAGUGAGUUUAUCACCGGUGAAUUAAUUCACCGGGAUAAAAUGAGAAGUCAUUAACUUUAUUUACAACUCGGAAUAUUUGAUCGGAUACUGUUUUAACUGUGGCAUUGAUUUUAUCAAUUGAGGAGUUGUCAUUCAUCUUGCAGGGUUUUAGCCAUUUGGACUCAUAUCGCACCUUUGCAUAAGUGUAAGACACAUCGUAGCAGGGGAGGUAGUUGAUCUUCGUUUUCGAUGGAAUUUAGUUCUCUACAUGUACUUACUUCGUCAUCCUGCUUCUCAUUUUCAUGACAGUAGAACGUCUUCGAUCGCUGGGGAGUGAGUCGAAACUUGAAAACCUAAGAGCAGAGCUGGGUAAAAGAAAAGAACAUAAGAAACAGCGAGAGGAAUCGACGGCUUUAAACAAGUUAAUGGUGAGCUUUUGUCCUUGUUUUUUCAAGCAUUUUUUACUUUCUACCCAUAGAGAGACCUAUGCACAGUUCAAUUUACUAUGACGUGCAGAAGAUUAAAUAAAAAUUGCUCUUUCUUUUGUAUGAAACGACAGCAACAAGAGGAGAACGAUAGGCAGGCAGAACUGACCAGAGAGACCCUGCGGGUAGGUUCAAGACGUGAGUAUCCCCCAGUGGGAGGGGGUUCUCCUCAGGAUUAUUGAAAGGGGUGCGUUAGCCGUUUCUCAAAGUCCUGAUCCUACUGCAGAGAAAAGUAUGCCGUUUUCCAUCUUGUUUUAAGACCCGACCUCUAAAAUUCCAUACCAAUUUUUAGGACUGGCUUUUGAAAGUUGUACUUGGCUUGCGAAUCCAUUACGCUUUGAUGUCCUUUGUUGCAGUGUAAUUAAGUUUAACUUAAAACUGGAGCUCGAAUGAUAUGAACCAUUUUUCGUUUCCUUUGGGAAUUCGAGUUAGCGGGGUUCUUCUGUAUUCGAUGAAACCACAACCUCUUGCCAAGACUGACUGACAUUUAAUGGUCAUGUUUUACAUUCUGUCAAUAAUAUCAACCUUAAAGAGAUAGAUCUAGAAACACAAAUGAUGUUUAGUAUGUAAGGUUUUAUUUCCCACACCCUCUUGAAUUCGGUAAUUGUUUGUCGUUUCCGGCAGCGCGGUUUGUUAUUGGACCGGAUCAGGGUAUGUCAACACUGCUGUCUAAUUGAUUUGGUUGCCUCGACUAAUGUCUUUGGUUCUAAGCUUUCAGAUCAAACCGGUUUUAGAAUGACGUAUCUGAACACUCAUGUCAUAGACAUACACAAGCCUCUAUAACUUAUGAGGCAUUUCCCUUACGAAAAUUCUAAAUAAAACACCAGUAAACCACGAGUAAUAACCUAAACAGGGAAAAAAGAAGAUGGGAGAAAAAGCUGAUAACCCCCUCAAUGUAUUAAGGGGUAAGAACUUGAAUGAGGUUAAAAGAUCAAAGCUGCUAAAACCGUAAGCGGAGAACGAACCAUCUCACAACGCAGAAGGCACCUCUAAUUUCAGUGACCGUUUAUUAUUAUAGAAGCCAAACAAAGCUCAAUAGAAAAGAAUGAAGCAUCAGUGGAAUCAGCCUCACGCAACCAAUACUGAAACUGUCAAGUUUUUAAAGAAGGUUCCCUGAUGUCACGCAACCUGCUCGGCAUAAUAAGAAGAAUUAACUACAGGGGAAAAAGACAUGAUUAAGCUUUACUACGUAUAUUUCAAUCUUGCGACUUAUUAUUUCCCUACAAAUAGGACGAGUUUUAACCUAACUGAAGGUUCAUUUUACAUAUUUACCACAGUGUGGUCAGUUACCCAUAUUGUGUCCAUUUUGAAGUUGAUUAUGCACUGUGUGCGAAGGAUUCUGCGAAACUUUGACGUGAGUCAACAAAAUAGGGAAUUGGUUAGCCAGUUGGAAAGUCUGCCUGAUGACGUAUUUCGGCGUCUGUUGAAAGCGCAACUUACCACGUGGAUGUGUUUGUGACCUUGGGAUUUUUCAGACUGGUUUCAAUUUCUAAACAUCUCGUGAUAAUUAAAUGAAAGGGCUGUAUUGCAGUGAGGGUAUCGCAAGUUGGUAAUGAAUCUUUCCGCAUUCCACGACGUAAAGAUCUCGUGUUCCGCUGCAGUUUAGUCGUAUAGAAGAACUUUAAAAUAUCCAGCUGAAGACCGUGGAUUGCUGUUUUCAAGAGUAACAAAAUUCUUUUGUUUUUAUUCCGUGAGGAAAGCGUGUCCUUGAUUUAACGGAAUACCAAUAGUUGUCAAUUUGAAAACAAAUUACCUCAGGGUUAGGUGAUCCCUCACAAAAGAGUCAAUCUUGACGCCCACAUAGGAAAACAAAUAUCCAUUCUUUGCUUUAUGACAGUCAGGGUCCAAAGCAAUAUUCAUUGUCUAAUAGUUGAUUUGUAACAGUAUUUAUUAUGAGCGAUUAAUUUCCAACUGUGACCUUGGCUGUAAAAUCGCUUGUAUUGCAAACCUUUUCAUUUACGUAGUUACCUUACUCUUUUGCAGUCAAGGUUAAUAAAAUCAUGAAAAUAGAUAUUUAUAGCUCAGUACCAUUAACGACUUUGUUUUCGGAAGCACUAUUAAAAGAAACUUAAUCUUCUUUUGCUCAAGGAUUGUUCUUGCACCAAAACAAGUGUAUAGAUUCCGCACGAAAACUCUCAAAUGAAGUAACUUGAUCAAAUUUAAUCUGAUCCUUAUAAUAACCCCCUUCUUGAUUAUGGUAUGAUAUCAAAGAAACUUUUUAUUUUCAUCAGGUUUUAUUUAUAACCUUGGAUGACAAAUACAGGUUGUUCUUCAAGGUUGAAAGCUGCGGUAUUUUUGACGAUUACCGUCAACCCGUAAAAUUGCUGUCGGUGUCAGAUGAAAGAGACCCAAGGUGACGAUAUGACUGAUGUGUGUUUGUAACGUCACGGAAGUAACAAAUGAUUGCUCGUUUGUGAAACUGGGAAGUACGGCGGAUUAUCAUACAGACGAGUCGGCUUGCUGCUCAUUUCCUUACUAAUGAAUGUUGUUUGCUCAAGUUUUGCAACCGCAGGAACAGCAAAACUGAUUACAAAGUUUUCGUCUUUUGUGUAUCUGUAGUUACUCAUUGUAACAAUAGUAAUAGAGCAGGCGGGACGGGAGGUGGUGGUGGGGGGCUGAAAAACAGCGCACGGUUAUUUAAUUUGGUCGUUUUCCUUUAUAGAUAUUUUAUUCCAAAAUAUUCCAUGAAAUAAGCGUCUACAACUUGAGCAAUAAUUAGAUGUGGAGGAGGUAGAUUUCGUGAUGCAGACCUUAACUAGACACGCUCCAUCUGUUUGUUAGAUAAAUAGAGCCUCUCAAGUGUGACUCGCGACCUUGACAUUGGCAAUUUUUUAGGUAAACAAAUAGGCAAGGUUACGCAGAGUAGUUAUAUAAAUACCACCCGCAAUUAAGCGGGGGAACAAGACUUGCCACAAAACUGCUGAAUAACCACCCUUGACUCUCUUGAGCUACCUGGCAUGGACGAAAUCUCGAUCUUCCGAGAAAAUCCGUUGUUUUAUUUUUUCAGUGUCGCCUGCAUCGCUGCUUUCCUGCUGCUCAUCUGGGGAUGGUCCAAAAUUCCGAAAGACAUUCCUCCUGGGCCGUUCGGUUUGCCACUAAUCGGGAGCCUGCUUCAACUUGGCGAUUCACCGCAUCUCGCCUUAUCGAAGAUGGCCAAAGACUACGGAAAGGUAUUUUCUAUUCGCCUUGGUUGGAGAAAAGUAAUCGUCUUGAACAGCCAAGAUGUCGUUAAAGAAGCACUGUCAAAAAGGGCUGGCCAUUUCUCGGGGAGACCACCCUUUCACAGUUUCAAAAUUAGCCCUCAUCAGAGCGAGAGCAUAGCCUUUGGUGACUUUGGCCCUUCGCAUCAGAAAAAAAAGAAAAUGGCUAUUCGUGCCCUGCAUUCUGUUUUCACUGAUGUGAACCGCUUUAAUAGCUUGUCACAUCAAGAGUUUGAGCGAAUGCGUUGCAACCUUUUGACGGAUGGCAGUUCAGAGGCUCAAGACUUGACUCCACACCUAAAAUCUAUGGUCAUUAACUUUGCUUUCAGAUUUGUCUUUGGAGAUAAUUUCGAAGAGGACUACAGUUCUGCUUUGCAGAGCCUCUUGAAGAAAGCAGCUGACUUUACUGAGAACAAUGGGGUCAUAAACUUAAUAGAUUUCUUCCCUUGGCUUCAUUUUCUCUUCAAAAAGCAAUGCCAAACUCUGAAAGAUUCUGUCAGAGAGCUCUUUGACUUUGUAAGAAGCAUCUACACACUGCAGCGGCAUGCGAGCAUCAAAGAAGCUGGUGUCAAUGUGGCAGCGUCUUUGGAUCAAAUUAUUAGAGAGGAUCUCGUAAAUGCUGGAAAGCCUGACCCAAAAACCUCUAAAUCAACCGAACAGAAAGCUCGCAGCGAAUCGUUAGAAGACCUGGCGGUUACAGUUUUAGCCGACGUUUUUGGAGCCGGAAUUGAGACCGUGUCCACCUCGUUGAGCUGGGCGCUGCUCUAUAUCCUUUCGAAACCUGGUCUGCAAGACGACUUACAAGCAGAACUGAAACGCGUGAUAGGAGUGAAUCGCCUUCCCUCUCUUCAGGAUCGAGCAAAACUUCCCCUAUUACAUGCCACUGUCUUAGAGGUAUUACGAAUGGCUACCGUUCUUCCCCUUUCUAUUCCCCACUACACUACAGAAGACUCAGAAGUCGCAGGUUACCGUGUACCUAAAGGAACGACUGUGGUGGUAAAUCUUUGGGCUGUAAAUCACGAUCCACAAUACUUCGACCAUCCAGAGGUUUUCAAUCCUCACCGUUUCCUUGACACCGAGGGACAACUCUUGUUGGACCAGCAGGCUUUCCUGCUUCCAUUCUCAACCGGUGGAAGGCGCUGCCCUGGUGCUACCCUCGCUAAGGCGCAGCUGUUUAUGUUUCUCGGGUGUCUCCUGCAAGGACUGCAUUUACAGCUUCCGGAACACAGCGUGCCACUUAACAUGGAUGGAGAGUUUGGAUUUGUCUUGAAGCCUCGUUCACUUAAGGUGCAAGUAAAUCCUCGAAACAUUGAACAAUAA